AUGUCCUGGUCCCCAAUCGGUCGUCCAAUUCGUGUCGGGGUAUUUGAAUUCCAGCCAGAUGCAUUCAACUGUUUCCGUGACCUUCCGCAGAAACCUUGUGCUAAGCCUGGAUCAGAAAUGGAGAUCAUCUCGAUGGUUAUGAAGAUUUUGGAUUGGCAGUGGGAAGUUAUCGAUACGGAAAAAGAAUUCGAUGUUACCAGGGAUUUCGGGCAUCUUCAACCCGAUGGAAACUUUUCUGGAAUCAUGGGUCUUCUUGCUAAUGAUAAAAUUGAUAUGUGUGGUCUAUCACUGGCAAUAUCUCAGGAUAGAAUGGGAUUCGCUCAUUUCACAUUUCCUACUCGAUACUACCAACAAGUUUAUAUUAUCAGAAAUCCUCCAGAAAAUGAUUUUCGAAACUUUGUUUUUGCUCCAUUCACUACUCAAAUGUGGCUUCUCCUUCUGGCAAGUGCCAUGGGAGUUUCCACGAUGAGAUUCAUUUGUGCAUUGUAUUUUGACAGCCGUAUUGGGUCGAAACUCAGCAUUUAUACUAGUAGUCUCUUGGAAACCUUUGGGUUUAUGGUAAACCAAGGUGCCCAGAGCAGCAACGGAAUACCGAUUAUGUUUCUUCAAGGAUCCCUGAUUGCAUCCAUAAUGGUCAUCACCCAAUACUAUCAGACAUUCAUGAAUUCUCUACUCACUGCUCCACCAUCUUCCCAUAUUCCGUUUUACCAUCAAAAUGAAUUGAUAGAACUGCUACUGAAGAAACAAACUUAUUUGACCUAUUAUUUAAAUGUGAGCUUGGAAGCAACAACCGAUGAAAAUGAGGUCAACCUGAAGCGUGCUAUGGUGCACAAUCCACUUGUUAUACGUGACACAGAAGAGGAAUUGGAUGCAGAAAUGCACAAAGGCGGAGUGUUCUAUUCAACCGACGACGUGGAACUCCUCCCUGCAGUUGUCAGUGUAUGGGAGAAGGAAAAGGGACUCAUAGCAAUCAGGGACACGACAUCAAUACGAAGUUUGACUGGGUUUGCAUUCAGUAUCAGUAACAAAAAACUCUGUAAAAUGUUUAACAAAGCCUUGCUAAGAAUACUCCCUGGAAUCCCUACAAUCAUGUCAGGACCGGGUUACGGUACCAAGAAGCAAGCAGAAGAUGUAACAGUUCAAGUGAAGAAGAUAAAGCUUUCGAUGAAGACACAUUUGGAGCAGUUGUUUCUUAUUUGGAUGGUUGGAUGCGCAAUCGCGGUCUUGGUUUUUGUAAUCGAGAAGAUGUUUUAUCGAGUCAAAGAUUUGAGAAGACAGAAGGCAGACCGAGUGAAUCAAUAA